UAUCUGGUAAUAUAAAAACCAUCUCUUCCUCUUCAUACGAGCACACGUGCGGCUUAAAUUGUUUGUUGAUUUUUAAAAUUAAACCCAGUUAAACCCACAAAAAUGGGAAAGAAGGACAAAAACAAGAAGAAGGGCAAAGGGGCCGAUAAAACUGCCAUGAAAACGGACAAAAAACAGGCGGCCCGACAAAAGAAAAUGCUGGAAAAGCUAGGAGAAGCCAAUAUAGCGGAUAUAAUCCAACUUUUGGAGGCCAAGGAGGGAAAGAUUGAAACCAUCAGUGAAGCCGUUUGUCCACCGCCCACACCUCGAUCCAAUUUCACUUUGGUUGCCCACCCGGAAAAGGAAGAGCUCAUCAUGUUUGGCGGAGAACUUUACACAGGAGCCAAGACCACAGUUUAUAACGAUUUAUUUUUUUAUAACAUUAAAACUGGCGAGUGGAGGCAACUGAAAUCACCUUCAGGACCCACUCCAAGAAGUGGACACCAAAUGGUGGCUGUGGCAAGUAAUGGAGGAGAACUCUGGAUGUUUGGAGGAGAGCAUGCCAGUCCGUCCCAACUUCAGUUCCAUCACUACAAGGACCUGUGGAAGUUUUCCCUGAAAUCCCGCAAAUGGGAAAAGUUGGUUGCCCCCAAUGGACCAAGUCCCAGAAGUGGCCACCGAAUGACCGUCUCCAAGAAGCGUCUGUUCAUCUUUGGCGGCUUUCACGAUAACAAUCAAUCCUAUCAUUACUUCAACGAUCUGCACAUCUUCUCGUUGGAGUCUUAUCAAUGGCUGAAAGCAGAGAUCGGUGGAACUGUUGUACCAUCACCUAGAUCUGGAUGCUGCAUAGCAGCUUCUCCCGAGGGUAAAAUCUACGUUUGGGGAGGGUAUUCAAGGGCAUCUAUGAAAAAGGAAGCUGAUCGUGGAGUAACGCACACGGAUAUGUUCGUUUUGAGUCAAGACAAAAACGCCGGCGAUGCUGACAACAAAUACAAGUGGGCCCUUGUUAAGCCCGGAGGAUACAAACCCAAACCACGUAGCAGUGUUGGUUGCACUGUGGCUGCAAAUGGCAAGGCCUAUACCUUCGGUGGCGUUAUGGACGUUGAUGAGGACGACGAAGACGUCCACGGACAAUUUGGCGAUGAUCUUCUCGCAUUCGAUUUGACCUCUCAAACCUGGAGAUUGCAGGAGACCCAAGCGAAAAGCAGCCAACCCGAGAAAAAAGAAACGGACGAGAUCAAGGAUGUUGAAAUGUCCGCCCCAGAAAAACCUGUAACUACGACCACAGAUGGCAUUUUCACGGUGACCGUUGGAGGACCCAGUACCAGUACUCCUUAUGUGUCCCACAUACCCAGUCUUUUUCCCAAACCGAAGCCAACGAAUGUACCAUCUCCGCGCAUGAAUCCCGGGCUCUGUGUUUGCAAGGGAACACUGUACAUCUUUGGUGGAAUCUUCGAGGAAGACGCCAAACAGCUGACCUACAACGAUUUCUACUCCCUGGACUUGCACAAGCUGGAGUGGAAGGUUAUAAUCCCCAAUAGCUUGAAGGCCCACGAGUGGGAGGAUAGCGAUAGCAGCAGUUCCGACGAGGAGUGCAGCAGCGCAGACGAGGACAGCUCCAACAGCUCGGACAUGGAUACGGAUUGAUAAAAUCUAAAGUUAUUUCAAAUGACUAUAUAUUAAAAUUUGGUUAACAAUUGUAAACAUAUACAUUAACAAAAUGGAAUAUUUUAGAAGGCAGAGUAA